AGCCGCAGCCCGGACGGUAUCCCACCCGGUAUCCCACCCGGUGGCCGGUGCCCCCAGCGAUCCGCCCCUGGGCCCCCGGCGGCGGCCCCCGGGAGCGGAGCCGGGCUCGCCUCAGUCCGCCGGGGCGGGGCUUGGCCCUCGUCCCCGCGCCUGCCGAAAGGGCCCUGACGUGUUGCCAUGGCCGAGGGGGACGCGGCGGCCCCGGGCUGCUUCAGCGAGGAUGAUUUUUACUGCCCGGUGUGCCAGGAGGUGUUCAAAACGCCCGUGAGGACCGCCAACUGCCAGCACGUGUUUUGCAGGAAGGGCUUCUUGACAGCUAUAAGAGAAAGUGGAACACAUUGUCCUCUCUGCCGGGGGAGCGUGACUAAAAAAGAAAGAACAUAUCCCAAAAGGGCUCUAGAUUGUGAAAACCGUAUGAAGAAAGCUUCUGGGGUCUGUAGAUGCUGUGAGAAGAAGGUUAGAUUUUCGGGGAUGAGACAGCAUUAUAAAACCUGUAAGAAGUAUCAGGAUGAAGAGGGUGUUUCUUCAAGUAUUCCAAACUUACAGAUUUCCCAAGAUUCAACAGGGAACAGUAGCAGGAGUGAUGCAAUAUCUGAUAAUGGCGAGAUGGCUAAUAGUCAAAUACUUCAAGGAGAAACAAGUGGACACCCAACCUUCAAAUGCCCCCUGUGUCAGGAAGCCAAUUUUACCAGACAGCGCUUGCUGGAUCACUGUAAUAAUAGACAUCUUUAUCAGAUGGUUCCCGUGAUCUGUCCUAUUUGUGUAUCUCUUCCUUGGGCAGAUACUAACCAGGUUACUAGAAAUCUUGUUGGCCAUCUAAAUCUAAGACACCGGUUUGAUUAUGGAGAAUUUGUGAAUCUUCAGCUUGAUGAAGAAGCCCAAUACCAAAAUGCAGUUCAGGAAUCCUGUCAUGUGAACUUUUAAAGCAGAGCCCCUUCCAUCUUACUGAUCAUCUGCGAGAAAAAUUACUUCUGUUGGUGAUCUGAAGUGUAUAUUAAUAAAAAUGGUAUUCAGUAACUACUUUUCAGGCUAAACUUUUUUUCACACUUACAAGGACUUUCGAUAAAUGAUUUUGCUGAAACUCAAGCUUGACAUCUUUACCGAGAUCUGUCCCUGUGGAAUUAGGGACCUUUUUGGAACUUCUCACUCUUGUCUUGAUUUCCUCUAACCUUUACUACUCUGUUAAUUACAUAGUUUCUAUGAUUAAUGUAGGAUAUUUUAAUUCACCAAAAACAACUUUGAAAGUAUCUUUAGAAAGAUAUCAAGGAUGCUCUGUUGCACUGUUGAGUUUGUUUAAGUUAGCUGUCUUCUAAGGUAUCUAUGAGAUAAUAAUUUAUUUUUUUUCUUUUCCUGCCAAGGACAAAUUUUAUUUGAUGUUGUGCUUAAUUUUUUACUGUUGCUAUGUGACUGAAAAUAACAACAGCUUAAAAAAUUAAUAUAUUUCUUUUCUACAGAUUAACAAUGCAGAGCAGGGCUUCUUUCACCUUUCAUUGAGAAAGAAUGAUGCCAUUGCCUAUGAAUAAUUACAUCUAUUUUUUCCGCUUCUGGAGCAUAACUGAAAUAGAAUGCUUGCUUACUAAUGUGAUGAGUGUGGAGUAUUCCUAAUACUCCCAACUGCUAAGGAAGAUGACAUAUUUUCUGAGCGAUUUUGAUGACAUAAUUUCUGAGCAAAGAUGACAUGCAGAAGUUAAACUCUUUUGGCCUCUGACUGUGGUCAGAUAGUUUUUCAUUUUGUUGGAGCUUUUUAAGAACUCCUGUUGUUGCAUUUGGAAUUGAAUUUUUGCUUUGUCCUGUCUUUCAUGGAAGGUUGUGGAGCUAAAUAACUAAUUGGCUUCACACCUACCAACGCUCAGAAGCAAACUUGUUUAUUUUGACAAAGCUGUUUAAAACUUGUACAUCUCCUGCAUCUGAAGGCUUGAGAAAACAGUUCAGAAGAAAAGACUUGCUCUAAAAUAGUUACCAACACAGUUUAAGAGCUCCUAUUUUAGAUUUCCACAUUCCCAGCAAGACCAUUGUUAAAAUCGGAGAAAAUAGAGCAAUAAUGCAAUUUUGACUUUAAAUGAAAAAUUCAUUUGUAAAAGAGUUCUAAGAUCUUUUAUUUAAUACUAAAGGGGAGGAGAGGAAAGAAGGUUGCACAACAUACAUUAUGGAGGUUUAAACAGAGACUGUUCUGAACAUAUACCAUUUAGGUAUAGGACUCUUUAUCCUGUGUUGCCAUCUCCCAUUGUCAAGCUAUUGUUCUUAUUGAGUGUUGCAUAUGUAGUGGAAAACAUCCCCAGUAAUUUUCUUAGUCUAGUUGGUGAUUUAUGUGUAGUAAUCAAUUGUGCAACCAAAGUACAAUCUGUUUCUUAUGCCCUGCCUCCCAUUUGGGCUCCAAACAGAGGUUUUGAUUAUUCUUUAAAUGCUGGGAUAUUUCAUAUUCCAAAACUGGUAAUGUUGAAAUGCCUCAUUCUGCAAUGUACUGGGUUUCAGAACUGAAUCUUAGUUCUACUUUAUUGAGUGUUGGAACUAAACCAGAAUACGUUGUAACUUGACUUUUCUAGCUUACAUUUAAGAGUGUAAAACAUUCCUGAAGGCAUUGCUGGCCGAAGUACAGAGAAAGUUGUCCAUUUCAGAAAUGGCUGAAUGUUAUAUCCUUUUUAUAACGACCUAAAAGUUCUUGCAUUUUGUUACCAUCUUACUGCAGUAUUUUGACAGCACACCACACUUUGAUGUUGUAUUCCAACUUCCUAUUUGCCCCCAUACUCUUGUCUGUGUAUUCUCACUUGUCUGUCAGCUCUAGUGCUUGUGUGACCACUUGAAGUGGUUCACUGAUCCAACAGGAAAGAUUAUUUAGAUUUUUACUUUUGCUCUGUAAAGCCAACUACGAGACAGUGCCUGUGAGACAGAAAUGAAGUUCAAGGUAGCCUGAUGCUAAAGUUUUACCUUUUUGAAGUAAAAAUACAUACUGUGGUGAUUUAUUACUGCAUACAUUUCCUAAGGAGUUUUAACAGUUACAUAUAAGUUUAGUUAAUGUUUUUAGUUUCGAUAAAAUAUUUAUAUGAUCUGGCAAUAAAUGCCUACAGCCAAUACAGAUUCUGAAUGCCUCAUGGACACUGGAACUAGUUAUUUUUAUUACUUGAAUAUAUCUUGAGAAUUGCAAAUUAAAUGACAUCUGUUUUAAAACUCUGGGAAGCAAUUUUUUAUAGCAAUAAUUAGUUGUCACUUGAUGAGUAGUUGCUGAGCAUUUUAGUCAUGUUUAAAUGUUGAGAGACUUAAAUACACAUUUUAAAGCAACAAAUGUGUAUUAAAGCAAUAUAAAGAAAAACCCUUGCAAAAUGUUUAUCCUCUUUAUUUAAAAUCUGUAUUGGCAGGCGCGGCCUUGCUUAGGAUUUUGUACUUUUAAUAUGAAGAGAUUGCAUCCAAUACAUUCACUAGGUAAGCGUUUAAUGAAAAUUAAACUAUUUAAAUAUGUUCCUACUGGUCAUGAUCUUUCUCACUGAAACUCAGACAUGCACAAAAAGCUGUGUAUAUGUGAUGGGUGAUGCUCAGAACAUGCGAUCUUUACUAGAAGAUUGCUGUUAAACAAUGUUUUCAUGUUCAUGUUGCAUUAUGUAUGGUUUCAAUAUGUUAUUAUGUUUGAGUUGUACCUUCUGUUUUUCUCCUAUUAAAGUAUUUUAUUUUCUGUUUGUCUUUUUGUUGCAUAAUAAAGAUGAUCAGUUCCCUUGG